AUGGCUCAACUACAAGUAAAUGUGAUUGAAGGAAAAAAUUUAAAACAAAAAGAUAGAUUUAGUGGAAAUGAUGCUUUUAUUGAAAUCUAUCUUGAUAAUAUUCAUCAAAAACAAAAAACAAAAGUCAAACAAAAUUCAAAUAAUCCAAUAUGGAAUGAAUCAUUUGUUUUUAAUCAUUUACAAGAUCAACAUAUUCUUCAUAUUAAUAUUUAUGAUGAAGAUACAAUUAAAAAUGAAAAAAUUGGUUCUCUUCAAAUUGAUUUACAUCGUUUAUAUGAUAAUGGUCAUAUUGAUGAUUGGUUUAAUAUUGAAGAUAAACAUGGAAUUCAAUCUCAAGGACAAAUUCAUCUUAGUCUUCAUUAUGAAAAACUCAAAAUCUAA